AAGGUGCCCGUCCUUCUAGCCGGCAAGAGAAGAGGCUUCACAUUCAGUGGUGAGGAAUGGCGACGGAUGCAGUGGAUAGCAUGUCGAUGUCCGAAACGGAUGAUCAGGGCUUUUCACAGCCACCCAAAGCUGCUUUGCUUUUGGUUAUUGGAGAACCCCUUUCCGAUGAACACAGGAAUUUGAUUUUGGCCGAAAUCACGACAGGAUUCAAAUGCUGGGACACUGAAGCCACGGGGAUUGAUAUCAAUGAAGAGCUUGCACAGAUUGCCAACAGGGCUUCUCUGGGAGAGGAAGGGCCGAAUGCUGACGAUGCAGGGAAGGUAAAGGGAGGGGAAAGGACGAUCCGCCACCGCUCAGACAAUGUUGCUGUGGAGAUCCUGGUCAACCCGCAGGCCCAGACAGUCCGCCGAUGUCUGAAGGGCUUCCUGAAGGUUGCCUGUCAGCUCAAGUUCCUCCUGUAUGCUGGACAUGCCUUCCAGGGAUCUGGGGCUUGGGUCCUGCAAGAUGAUGUCUUUACCUUCAGCAACUUUGUCCACAUCUUCAAGGAUACUGACGUGGAAAACGCCCUGAAACAACAAGAGGAUGUAAACCUGGUGUUUUACAGCCUGGCAGAUGGUGACUGGAGUGCCAGUAUCAACAAACAGGACUUUUCUAAAAUUUUAAAGAUCAAGGUGAACCCACCUGAGAAGUUAGACAAUGUCCAUGGAGUCCUUCAGUUUACUGCCUAUGUUAGUAGCUUUGUUAAGGCUCAAAGUCUGAACAGUUUGCUGUCAUCGUCUGAUGUUGUUGGUAACAUUAGGUUCAAUAAGCCCACUCUGUACAUAUUCCCUGGUUGUCAAGGAGAUUCUGCUCUCUUUGGUAUCAGUGGAUUCAGCCUCCUUGUUAAUGGAGGAUACAAUAGAAAAGCAUGUUUCUGGGAUUUCACUCGACACUUGGAUAGGAUAGAUGCGGUGUUGUUAACCCAUUUGGGAACUGAUAAUUUGUUUGGGCUCGGGUCAGUUUUGCAAAGAAAGAGCGUUGAGAAUGUACAUCCAGAAAUAGGCUUUAUGUAUCUGAAUUCCAGUGAGAAGACCAGGUCCUCACCUGCACCCAGUGUUGAGAAUCUUAAGGACAAAGAUCCUAGUUUGUUAAUCAAUUUGGCUGAAGAGGGCAAUCGUAUCAUUGAGUACUCCAAACAGUUGGGGCAGUUCCCACACCCAUGUUCACGGAGUGUGGUUGGACAGCAACAGGAACCUGUCAAUCUCUACCAUAAAGUAGGUCAUGGCUCCCUUGAUAUGUUCAUCCUGAACCCAGUGCAAGACAGCAAGGAGCUGAAAGAGUUCUACCAGCAGUGGAACAAGCAGGUCAGCAAUUUCGGUAUCAACCAACAAUUCCCCCUACCUAAUAUGUUGUCCAUCUGUGCCCUGCUUGUGUGGAGACCUGCUAAUCCUACCGAGAAAAUUACCAGAAUCUUUUUCCCUGGAAAUGCACCACAGAACAAAAUCAUUGAGGGUUUAGAGAGGAUAAAGCAUUUGAAUUUCCUGAAACAUCCAAGCUGCUGUCAAAAGGAUCUGAAUCAGCCACCCAAGAAAGCUGCUGGAAAUGCAAGACCAGCAACUAAGCCUGCCCCACGUUCUACACCUGUCAAAACAGAAUCUCCAAGAAAGUCUGAAACCCCCAAACCAGAAAGAUCAAGACCUCUGUCCAGCCCUGCUUCAAAGGGAAAUAAGAUUUCUAAAGAAGAUACCAAUAAAAAGACUGCCAAGUCUAAGGAUGUUAAAAAGGAUGAUAAGGAGAAAGAAAAGACAGACAAAGCAAAAUCAUCAACUUCAUCCAGCCCCUCAAAGAGCUCAGUCAAGAGUGCCAGUUCUCCUUCUAAGAGUCCAGUGGAACCAAUUGCUCCUGUUGCAGCUGCCAUUGUGGAGACUCCACCACAAGAAGGUAGUUUGAUUGACACGUCUUUCCCAGCAGAACCUUUGGUCAACCAUAUCAAUGGAGAUGCUACAGUACCAGAACCCAAGCCCGAGGUUGAUGAGACACCUUUAAUGAAACCAGAACAAAUUGAAGCACUUCAGUCAGAAGUGAGAGAGUCUGAUUCACCUGAACCUCUGCCUAACCCAGUUCAGUAUGAAGCUGAGCCAGUCAACUCUGCCCCUGAAACAACACCGGUUGAUGCCCAGCCCCCAUAUGACAGACAGAAACUGGCUGAAUUGGGUAUCUAUGAUGAUGAUGAUGAAGAAGAAGAAGAAGCUGAAGAGGCUAAUGGAUCCUUACCAACCGAACCUGUUACUGAAUCACCAGCAGGCACACCUGAGGAACCAGAGGAGAUUGAGCAGCCACAGUCUCUGCCUGAGCCAGUUGAAGUUCCUGACCAAUCCCAUUUUGUGUCAGAGCCAGAUCUGAUUCAGGAGACUACUCAACAGAAAGAGGCUUUACCAGAAGUAGAAUCUCAGGCUGAUACUGUCACAGCUGAUCCAGACAUUGUACCCAACUCGGAAGAACCGGCAGUGCAAGAUGAUACAGACCCUGCUGAAGAAAUCCCUUCUUCACCAGAACUAACUGAAGAGCAACAAGGAUUUUCCUUCUCAAAAGAUGCAGACAGCCCUCUGGAACCAACUCCACAGUUCACUCAGGAGCCAGAUGUUGUUCCUGUUAUGCAAGGCCAACAUGUUUCUCUUGAACAGAGCAUACAGUAUGGUAUCACUGAUGACAAUGGGAGACAUAUGGGUGGCAUCAAGGAAGAGGAGGAGGAUGAAGAGGUAGAGUCAGGACGGGAUUCUGAAGAAAAACAACUUGCAGAUGAUCCAUCCCGAGAAGAAUCACUUGAGCUAGAAAGGAACCCAUCUCCAGAGCCUGCUGAUAAAUUGCCAGAUCCAGUGAGAGAGUCACCAGAGCCAAUUGAACAGUCUCCUGAACCUGAACCUGCUGAUAAAUUGCCAGAUCCAGUGAGAGACUCACCAGACCCAAUUGAACAGUCUCCUGAACCUGAACCUGCUGAUAAAUUGCCAGAUCCAGUGAGAGAGUCACCAGAGCCAAUUGAACAGUCUCCUGAACCUGAACCAGUUGAGCAAACUUUAGAACCUGUUCAUUCUUCUCCAGAACCAGAGGCAGAAGAGAAACCAGAGGGCCAGUUUGGAGAGAGAGAAGACCAGUUUGGAGAGGGACAGGAAGAACAGGUUGUACCUGUUGCAGAAGAGAAAUCUAACAUUGAUAAACAAUCCAUGGAAGAGAUGGGGAUCUAUGAUGAGGAAGAGGAUGAUGACAUGGACCAAGCUGAAGAGAGGGAUCCUGAUGCCUUUGUGUAUGAGAAAGAUGUUGAUCUGGGAGAUGAAGAGGGACCACAAGAAACAAGAGGAUCAAGCGAGGAGCAGGAGGCAGAGGUAUCUGGAUUUGAAAAGGAAGAUGUGACAGAAGUUGUUGAUCAAGCACCACCAACAGGCAGUAUUCCUGUCGAUGAGAGAUAUGCAGAUUAUGAUCAGCAAGAGGCAUCCAGGGCAUCAGAAUCCCCAGAGAAAGAAGCUGACGAAGUCCAAAGGGUUGAGGAGAGUCCAGAACAUGAAGAAUUUCAGAGAGAUAGCAUUGAAAGGGAACAGGAGCUACAGGAGUCCUCCAACAUCCCAGAAGCAUUUGAAAAGGAUGAAACCCCAACACCUGGUGAGAGUUUGUCCCUUGACAAUCAAACAGGUGAUCAGCAAUCAUUAGCAACUGACUCAGCAGUAGCUAGUGACAUCCAAGAUGAUGUUGGAAGCAAUAUCAGAGAUGACACUGAUUCAAUCGAUGGUGGAACACCAGAUGAUGAUAAAGAUAUUGAUGAGUCCUUUGCAAAAGAGUGUGAUGCGCAGAAGAGUGAAGCUGCUGUUGUUAAUGGGUCAUCUGAGCAGGACUUAAUUGGUAUAGAAGACCCCCCUGCCAAUAUAAGGGGCAUGGAAGCAUCUUCAAACCCCUUUGAUAGUCUAGACCAACAAGGACAGAACCCGUUUGUUGGAAUUGACCAGACCAACCAACCAGGACAAACACAAGGCUCCUUGAAUCCUUUCAGUGAUCAGAGUCCAUUUGAACCAGAGAACAAGAAGCAGCCAGAAGGGUUUGAUCCUCUCGGUGAAUGGGGACAACCUAUGGGUCUGCCUUCCCCACCUCCACUCGAUGACAGUAAAUCAGCCAGUCCUAGCAAUGGAAAGACAACAAAAGCUUCAAAAACAACCAAAAAUGGAGCUAAGGCCGCAGAAGUGAAGAAGGCAGAUCUUUCAAAAUCAUCAACUGGAACAAAGAAAGCCCCAGAGAAACGUCCAGCAACAACUAAAACCACUACUAAUAAAACAGCAAAUGGCCCCAGCAAAACAGAACCCAAGGCUAAAACAGCGCGACCAACUGAGAAAAAAGCAGAGCCUAAGAAACCUGCCCCUGCUACUACCAAAGCACCUACCCGAACUCGCCCUGCCACAGCGCCUGCACGAGUUGAACCAGCAAAGACAACACGUGCUGCCCCUGCCCGUCGUCCUGCCACUGCUACAAGCAGAUCAUCACCCUCAGGUAGUCGUGGCCCACCAUUGCCCCCUCUCACUGCCUUCUAUGUCGACCUAACCUAUAUCCCCAAUCACGGCGACCCAGCCUAUAGUGAUGUGGAGUUCUUCAAGAGGAUCCGUGCGCGGUAUUAUGUUCUCAGCGCUUUGUCCCCUAAUCCUCAAAUCCUCAAUUCCUUACUGGAAGCGAAGAAGACUUGGGAGGACAAGGACCUAGAAGUGACAGUCAUUCCAACUUAUGACAAUGAGACCCUUCGUCAUUGGAUGGGACUCCACAAGGAAGAUCUGGGACAGUUGAAAAUUGAUGUCGCCCCUUCGGCUAGUCGUUGCACCAUCCAGUUACAGGACCAUGAAACCAGCUGUUCAGCUUACAGACUUGAAUUCUAAAGCAGUUUCUUCACAAGACUGGAAUUGGAGAUAGGAGGUUGUCAAUGGGCAGACAUUACGUAAUAUGUCCGCCACAAGAGUCUGCAAUCUGGCGAGAUGUACGAGUGCCAGACGUGAACAUGGGUGUGAGGUCCUUUGGUUCCCUUUGUUGUAUGUGACUUGCUAUGUUCAAAUUAUGUGAUCUAAACGCUGCUGUGACACAAUAUUCCUGGCUUUUAUCUUUGCCUAAGUAUUUAAUAUAUUUAUAGCCUGUAUUGUUUGUAUUUGGUCAGCUGUAGACACCUGUCUGCCUAUGUGAGACAAUACAACAGGUUCAACAUUACAUAUGCUACAAUAUAGUCAUGUUUCGCAAGAACGGGAGCAAGGAACGUGAACUGUACGACAAACCAGAGAUUGUUUUUAAUUCAAGACUUUAAGUGCCAUGUAGAGUUUGCUCAUUGUUUGUAUAAACCUUGCUUUAGAAGAUGCUAGCCAUUUUGAGCCAUCUGUAUGCAGAAAUGUAUAGUUUUGGAAAGUAUGUUUUGGUGCGAAACUUGGGAUGUAGGUGAAUUGUAGCAUUUUAACCCUGGAGAUUUGAUGGUGUGACCUCAAGCUUUCUCUAAUAAUAUCUGAUUACAACGCAAAUGUCUUGUUUGUACAGACAAUAUUCUGCACAUCUGUGAUGCCAUUUUGUAAUCUGACCAUGUUUGGGCACCGUAUGUUCAUCAUAAUCUACUCUAGUGCAACAUAGUCAAUGAUUACCCUGCAAUAUAUGCCAACAUUGGUGCGUCUGCAGUUUUAACUUCUACUUUAUUCUAUCUGUAAAAUCUUUGUCUUUUAACUUACAUACUGAAUUUCACCACACUAUUGUUAAAUACUUUCUUGUUUUACUGGCCUGAGAUGAAUGUUUGUAACCAUGGUUACUUGUCAAAGUGUAUGUUUGAGAUUGAGUAAAAGUCAACUGAUUGCUAUUUUAUGUUGAUCUAAAAUACAAACCUAACAUCAUUUUAUAAGUGGUAAUUAACAGUGGGGAGGAAGAUAUAUAUAUGUCGUUUUGACUUCUGUGCAAAAACAAAUGUAAAUUGUACAAAAUUCCAAAUAAUAGGAAAAAAUGUCAGACUACUGUUUCAUGAAGUUGUAAAAUAUAAAAUGUUUCUUUUUUAUGUGUUUCAACAGGUUCUAUGUACUUAAUAUGCAGACACCAUUUAACCUGUCCUUUUAUUGUAAUUAUUUUUGUGACACCAAAGUCUUUCUCCUUAAUUGUCAUUCAUCUAGAAAACAAUUUGUAACAUAAGUAUUUAGUAUAUUGUAACGUUUCAACAACUCUACAUCAUGUCUGGAUUGGAGAAAAAUAGGAAGAAAGGUUAUAGGGAAAGUUGUCCUUUAAGUGAGGGUUUGAUUUAACUUGUUUUUCUCUCUUUCUUGAAAUUGAUUGAAUCAUAUAACAGCGACAGUAGAUCAGGUAUUAUAGGAGAAGACAUCUAGGUUUUCUUCUCACCUUCAACAUAGUGCAAUUACCCCUAAGUUUCAUCUUUGUGCUACUCUGCGUUAACACAUUUUAUGUGCUUCCAUAAAAUACCCAUUUAAUAAAGUAAUUGUUGUUCUUCUUGAGUUGUCUCCCUUUGGACAAGUGGCAUCCAUAUAAAGUACCAUUGCACCACUGAUCAAGAUAUUUACAGCUAAUAUAGUCAUAUCCAAGAUAUACCAAAAGCAGUUCAGGGGGUAGAAUAGUAUUAGACUUCAUAGUCAGUAUUAUUAAAACUGUAACUGGGUGUCAAGGAAUCUACAAGGGGGGAUAACUCAUGGACCAUUAUUUUUUUCCUGCCUGUAUUUCAGUUUCAUUCAUGUGAUUCAAUCCUUUGUGAAGGCUGUAGAUUUUGUUUUAUUCAUAUGUGCCAGUUUGUUUAUUUUCAUACCUCCAUGGAUAGUAAAUGUGUGAUGUACAGCUUUUUUCUGCAUUGUUGUUUUGUGUACUUUUAUUGAAUUUUUUUUCUGCAUCAGUGUAUGGCUAUUAAUGCCGGACAAAUAAAGAUGCUCUGAAAAUUA